AUGGGAUUCAAGAGGGCUUAUAGGCCGUUACUGUUUCUCGAUGGUACCAACCUCCUUGGAAAGUAUCAGGGUACUCUAUUGGGUACUACAGGUGAAGAUGGAAAUAUUGGUUUUUUCCACGUUACCUUCAGUAUUGUAGACAAUGAGACCGAUGGCAAUUGGACGUGGUUCAUUUUGAAGUUAGGUGAUGCUUUAUACGAUAAAGUAGAUUAUGAAGAGAUAAUUACAUUUGUAUCGGAUCAGUCUAAGGGCCUUAUGAACUCUAUUGCAAAGGUAUCCAUAGCUAAAGAAUUUAAUGAUUCUGUGAAUAAACUGCAGCCCACAUCACCUGAAGCCUAUCACUGGUUGAUUCAUGAAUCAGAUAUGUCACAUUGGUUCAAGAUGAUAUGCAUGUUAUGCACCCGCCGUGAGCAAGUGAACAAAUGGGAGAUCUACUUAUGCCCCGAUAUAUAUUCGAAGGUAGAGAUACUCGUUAUGGAAAGCCGAAAUCUUCAUGUUAGUCGUUAUGUCAAUGAUCGUUAUGAAGUGAUUGACCAAUACAGCAACUCUACAGACACCAACGUUUAUCGAUUUAUUAGUGGCUACUUCACUGUCAACAAUUACAAAUUGACGUAUAAGGAAGCUAUUUUCCAUGUACCUGAUCAUGAAAAGCUUAUGGACGACAAUCAAGAACUACGUUUGUGUCUGCUUGUUACACGCAUCUUUCUGCUUGGACAUAAUGAGAGUCAUGUCACACGCAUCUUUCUGCUUGGACAUAAACAGUGCCAGUGGUCUCGUGAUGGAGGCGCGCUUAUACGGAUAUGGUACUCUCUUCAGUGA